UUGGAGGGUGAGUCUGCUUGUGCAAAGUAGCAUGAGAUCAUCAUUGUACAUCUUUUUGCAUUUCACGUGACAUGGGAGCCUUUGUUAAGCCCAGUGGCUUGGGACACAAUAAAUAGCAGGCAGCACAAACCACCUGCCAGGUUUUACACACACACACACACACACACACACACCUACACAGGCUGCAACAUGGGGAUCCGUAUCGAAUUGGAGAUUUUGGCAGUUCUGCUGUUACUGACCCCCAUUGCGAGUGAUGGUUCUCUGAUGUCCAAGUGCGAGCUGGUGAAUCAACUAAUGUCGAUUAUACCUGCAGAUGUGACGGACCGUGAAAACCUAGUGGCAAAGAUCGUGUGCCAUGCCGAGGAGACUUCUGGUUUUGACACCAGCACCGUCAACCAAGUCAAUCCACUGGAUCUCGUUGGAAGGCGCAAGACCAGAGCUGCCCCCAUUUCUACCCGUCCCCCUAAAACCACUAACCCCCCUCCUAAAUCUGCCACCAGCCCACCUCCUAAAUCCUCCACUAGCCCACCUCCUAAAUCCGCCACUAACCCCCCUCCGAAAUCCUCCACUAGCCCACCUCCUAUAUCCGCCACCAACCCACCUCCUAUAUCCGCCACCAACCCACCUCCUAAAUCUGCCACUAGCCCACCUCCGAAAUCUGCCACUAGCCCACCUCCGAAAUCUGCCACUAGCCCACCUCCUAUAUCCGCCACCAACCCACCUCCUAAAUCCGCCACCAACCGCCCUCCUAAACUCACCACUAGCCCCCCUCCUAAAUCCGCCACUAACCCCCCGCCUAACACCACACAGAUGCCUAAAGCCCAACCCAGAACUCCAUUGCCAAAGCUUCCUAGUACAACUCAUGAGCCCAUGUUCAACGAGACCGAGAAUCCAAUCGCCCCCCCACCCAACUCUUUGAAUACUGAGAAUGAAAUGAAUGAUGCGUACCCACCACUUCCUCCCGAUUUCAAUUCCACAUACAUGAAUCACAGUCAAAAAAGAGGCGUCAAUGGACUGUGGACCCUAUACGGAGUGUUCCAGUUGGCUGAUCGUGUCGCCUGCACCUCGUCCAAAGACCUCUCCGUGAACAUCUGCAACAUGGACUGCAGUAAGCUGACCGAUGAUGACCUGACUGAUGACAUCAACUGUGUCUUGACCAUCAUUAACAGCAAGCCCACCAGGAAGGGAAUUCCUGGCAGACAGGAAGAGGCUAACAAGCUCAUCAGGAUCAUGAAAGACAUUCUCAUGAACACUUGUGCCAACCAGGACUACUCUCAGUACCUCGCUAACUGUAUUGCUCCAUAAUCGCAACACGCUACACCUGAUCAGACCCUCAGCUGUCUUCUUUGCCAGAGAUGGGGCUAUUCUGGGCUUCUCUUAUCUUCUCUGAACGAAUCUAAAUCCUUCUGCAAAUUGUAUGACUGUAGUAAGGCUUUUAAAUGACUGUAUGUUGGUCUGGCUUGCUCGAGUUACUUGUUGGAGAAUUGUUCAGGUGCAAUAUUAUCAAGUCAAGCCUUUUACUGUGAGCACUGAUGUAAGAAUGUCGAUGGUAGGGAGGUAGACUUACUCAGAAAUCAAAUACUAUUUUUAUUUUCAAACAGCUGAUUGUUUUAAUGCAUGCUUUGAAAAGGAAAAAAAAAGAGAAAGGUUUAAUAAUCCUGCUAUGAUAGCAGAGAUGAAUAUAUUUAGAUUAGUAGGUUUAAUAUAUUUUAUUAUAUCAUUUCAUUUCACUGGGAAAAGGAUGUCUUUCACAUUGCCUAAACAGGAUAAUAAAUUUUGCUGAGUAGAUAUCCAAGUAAAUGUUCCUCUUGCCUUGUAUUUCAUUCUCAGACUGUUUAAUUUAACAAUUUACCACAGCAGAACUUAUUAGCAUGAUACAACAGCCGAUUAAGUUUAAUAACAUCGGACAGUUCAGUGAGCACCAUUCGGAGGACUGGUAUACACGCCAUUCAUCCUAACAAAUCUGACCCAAACACCAAUCUAUAUAGUCUUAACUAGACUUUUCAAACGA